AGUCGUGAGGCCGCCGCCGCCGCGAGCGCAGUGCCUUGCUGCUAUAGAUUUGACGUUUCAAUUUGACAGUCGCAGCUGUCCAUCACGCGAGUAAAAAAACGAGUGCGCCGAUGCGUCAGCGCAUCCGAUGACGCCGCGUUCCGAUUAAGAAAUCAUGCUAAUGACUCUCUCGUAUCGGAUAACUCGAUAAAUAUUAAUGCUAUAUUCAAAACUUGUGUCAACUACGUCUGACAUACAAAUAACCGACACCGCGGACUUGUUUUAAUGAAUAACAAUAUUAUAGGGACCACUUCAUCGAGUCAGUUGUGUGUUUAGUGGCACGAGUUGAAUCAGUAGCUGGCUGUUUUAUCAGCUGAUUUGAAGAUGGCUUUCGAAGAUCGCUGCAGCCCGAACCAGGCGAACAGUCCAGGGCCUGUAACAGGUAGGGUUCCGCCGCCGCAUCCUGAUAAUUCGAUGAAUUUCUGCCCUCAAAGUCAGUACACGUGCACAACAAUUGAACCAAGGUAUGAGAGGACGUCACCAAACAUGACGAUCGUAAAGGUGCAACCUAAUUCGCCUCCUCCGAGCCCCGAGCAGAAUCAAAACGAGAUGGACAGUUAUCAGAACUAUUACAGACCUGAGACGCCUGAUGUUAAACCCCGCAUCGCAGCCGAACACUUCGAUCCAGACAGACUUCGGCAGCGGCAACAACCGGCGCCAAUCGCAUUUUCAAUCACCAAUAUCCUUCAUCCAGAAUUCGGCCUUACGGCGAUUAGGAAAACGAGCAAGAUCGAAGGUCCGAAACCGGUCGGGCCCAACCACAGUAUCUUAUACAAGCCUUAUGAUCUCUCAAAAGCGCAGAAUGAAAUUCAAAAGUACAGUUUUGAUUAUUUAAAAUCGAAAGAGUCCGAUUUCAAUAGCUUACCUCCUUUAGGGGGGCUGAGACAGACUGUCUCGCAAAUUGGGGAGAUACAAAAAGAGAAGGAGAUACCAAAAGUGGUGGAGACUCAAAAAAGGCCGGACUCCGCCAGCUCUAUAGUUUCAUCUACCUCUAGCGGGGCGCCAUCAACGUGUGGAAGUACAGAUACAAGUAGUCAGAAUCAGAACUCUACUCUAUGGCCUGCUUGGGUGUACUGCACUAGAUACAGCGAUAGACCUAGCUCCGGUCCAAGAAGUAGAAGGAUGAAGAAGAAAAUGAAUCCAGAAGAGAAGAGACCUAGAACUGCGUUUAGCGCUGCACAACUCAACAGGCUAAAGCAUGAGUUCGCCGAGAACCGGUAUCUGACAGAGCGACGCCGACAAGCGCUGGCCGCGGAGCUGGGCCUCGCUGAGGCGCAGAUCAAGAUCUGGUUCCAGAACAAACGCGCCAAGAUCAAGAAGGCGUCCGGGCAGAGGAACCCGCUCGCUCUACAGCUUAUGGCACAAGGAUUGUACAACCACACCACAGCUACCGAAAGUGACGAAGAAGAGGAAAUCAGUGUCACGUAAAAGAUUUCAAAUUUUCCCAACGAUGGAAACCAAAAAGAGUUCGAGAAGUACUUUAUUGUGUAUGAGUGGUUUAUCCUCUAGAGUUUUGUACUCAAAAUAAUUGUACUACUUAUAUAAUUCAAAAUUACUAUUAACUUUAAACUUAAUAUACUUAAAAAUUUCAGUAGGUGACCGAACGAGAUAUUAUUUGCAAUUAACGUUUCGCAUUGUAAGUUUUGAUAAAGGUUAGUUUGGAAUUAAAUGAAAUACUAAGUUUUUUUGCCAGUGAUUUUCAAUUAGAAAUUAAAGCAUAAUUUAUUUAAUUUCAUAAAAAAAUCGUGAAGGAGAUUUUAUUGUCAAUUAAAUCUUACAUUUAAAUAUAUAUAUUGUUAGUGUAAAAUACAAGUUUAAAAAUUAAAAUAGAACACAUUAAAGUUCGAACUUAUAUCUCUAAACUGUACCUUAAUAAUAUGUAUUUUAGAACUACAAUUACUCACUAAAUAGUGUUGCCAUAUAGAUGAAAAAUAAGUUGAGAUUAUACUGCUUUUCAAAAUCACCUAUUCGCUCAUACACUAGAAGAAAGUUACAGUUAAACAUAGUCUAAUGUAAUGCGUAUUAAUUGCACUAAGUUUUAAAUAAAAGUCUGAGAAUAUAUUUAAAUUGUGGUCUCCCUAUUUAAAUAAUUGUUGUACCCCCUUUAUUAUAUUAAAUUAAAUCUGUGUACAUGACAUACUUUUCGAAUGAUAGUGUCAUAUCAUCUUAGUAUAUAUUUGAACACUUUUCAUUUAUUUGUAUAAUAAUAAGAAAAUAAUUAUUAGCACUGAAUUUUCGCUAAAGUAAUUUAUCAUUUGCAUUGCAAUAAUCAACAUCCAGUUGGUGAAAUAAUAAUGUUCCUCUUUGUAAAUAUUAGUGUUUUAAAUUUAUUUAUUAAAAAGAUAUAUUUAUGAUUAUUUUGUAGGAAAAUAAAUCACUUAAACUUCAGCCAUUUGUAAAAUACUUUUCGAUAAUAGUUCUUAAAUAUAACGAAAAUAAGAUAAGAUGAUUUUAUGAAAGAAAAAUGCGAUGCAGUAACCAAUGUAAUUUCUAAUGCUUAUUUAAGAAAAUAUAGCGAAUAGCUUAUUCGUAGUUAUUUAGUAUUAUAAAGUUUUCAAUUGAUAAGUACCUAUGAAGUUUCAAAGGUUUCAAAAUUAAAAUGUUCAUGUGUUAAGGGAUUUAAAACCUUUGGAAGGAAAGUGAUUAACAUUAAAAGGAGUGAUGGUGAAUCAUUCGACUCUUUUCAUGUUUUUAAAUAUUUUUUUUAACUGUCUUUUUCCAAUUGAUUUUAUCUCUUAUUUCAUUGAGAUUAAAGUUCAAAAUGAUUGCAGAACCUGAUGUGCUGUUUAUGUACCAUGUUCGAUUAUAUUAUUUUAAUGACCCCUUAUUAUAUUUACAACAACAUCAAACCUAAAAUAUUAAAAUUGUAAAUUAAAUCUAAAAAUGAAAUGAAAGCGUCCAAAGUAUGCUAUAUAACGGUUAAUUAAAAUUGAUUAUAAUUUAAAAUUAAAGUAUCAUACAUUCUCAAUAAUAAAGAGUAAAUAAAUGACAAAUAUUUAUAUUAAUCACGAAACUUUUUGUAAUUUUAAACGUAAAGAUAUUACAAAUGAAAUCUAUGGAUAAUUUUGGUUCAACAAGAUUAAUUCAUAGUGAAAAUGUCGUUAUUUGUCUCUUAUAUUAUAUUCCUUGUACCAGUAUUUUAUAUAUUUUUAAAUUAAAUAUUUAGUCAUGUAUUUCUUCCAUUUUUUCAUUGUUUUUUUGUUGUAAAUAAUUUGUUAAAAUUACUUUAUUUAGUUAUUUAAUACUACGCUAGUUCUAACUAGUGUUAAAUGUAAAUAAUAUUAUUAAAUUAUAUCUGUGGUUUCACAAAAUGAUUAAUUUUGUUUGACUUUUAUACGUUAUUGUUUCAUUUACCCAAUUUUAGUGUUGUUAUUUAUAUGAGUUCAAGAAUACUUUAGUAAUAAAAAAAUAUGUAGAUAUAAAUUACUAUUUAGAGAGUUCUAAACGACAUCAUAUUACAAUUGGAAAUAAUGGAGGUAACACAAAACACUCAGACCUUUGUUCUGUGACUCAGACCCACAGUACAUGCACAGAAAACAGACAGCACAGAAAAGUUAAUUUUCUAACUGAUUUACUCACAUAAUAUGUAAGCAUGAUACAGAAUAUUGAAUGAACAAAAAAUAUUGACUAUUCGAAGAAUCAUUACAAUUACAGAAAAAAUAUAAGGACUCUGUCAAGAACUACGUGUUUUUUAGACAUGUUUUAUCAUUGCUCUUUGGUAAGGAAUAGUGUUACAUAUAAAUAAAACAUUUGCCGCAUGAAUAUGAAUAUAAAAUGUGUCGCAUCUCAAUUCGCUCCUUCUGGACAGUCUUGUGGCCAACUGACCUUUAGGAAUAUUUAUUUAAAUUCGGACGUUUUACAGGUCAGUUUUGAAUGUGUGGUUCGAUUUUCUGUAGUCAAAUAUAUUUUUUUUCUAAAUGAAAUAUUUGGGCGGCGUGAACAGAAAUUAUACUAUUUCGAAUAAAAACGUAUUAUUUCGAAUACCAAAUUACUGAAUGUGGACCUUAAAGGUAAACUGUACAUCGAUAUUUAUGAUGCUAUUUAGAAAUAUAUAACCUCACCUAUUCUGAAAGUUCGAUCUUGUACCUUUUUAUGAUAUAGCAGAAACAUAGUUACAUAGAUGCAAUUACAUCACAGAGCUUCUACGGUUACAAAUUUUGGACUUUGUUCCCUUCACUAAACUAUUUUUUUUUAAUAUAUACUUUAUAGGUUAACGCUUGACUACGAUCCCACCUGAUGGUAAGUUGUGAUGUAGCCUUGGGUGGUUUAGCGCAUUAACCUAGUAACAGCCUAUUCACUCUUGAUUUGAAGACAUUCACAUUAUAAUCGGACGGAAAUACAGUAUACUAUCAUCAUAAUUAUUUUUCAGACGCACGUAUCUACUUCUUUUCUCUUAAUUAUCCAUUACAGUCAUUAAAAUUUGAUUAUCAGUAAAUAUCAUAAAGAAAUCUAUGUCGAAAUAGUGCUAUGUAAUCACCUAAUGACUGUGAGUUUGUAUCUGUAACAAUUGUUGCACGACGAUCUUAUCGAUGAAAUAUUACUAUUAAUUGCAAGUAAGUAAGUAAGAGGAAAAUAUACAUAUGUAUUAAAUGAUAAUAAAUAAACGUCAGGAUUAAUAUAAACGAGGCUCAAAUUGAAAGUUCUUAGAAAAAUAACAAUUUCUUUUAUUAAAUCUUCUUAAUGAAAACUCCUUAAAAAUCCACUUGGUUGCUGGCACCCUGAGAUGGGAUACGAUUCCAUGACCUUACGCAGGCGACUGCUCUAACCACUGAGCUGCCCAGGACCUAACAGGACUGACGAAUCUUUCAAGCACUUGUUACUUUUCGCUACUACAGAGCGUAUUCUCAUCAAUGUUCAGGCAUCAACCCAAACAGCCGAAAGAAAUAUUGUUACAAAUAUUGAAACUUUCGAUAAAGAUGAGAAUUUUGUUGUAAUGAUUAUAUUUUAUUUUAUAUUAUAUUAUUAUAUUUUAAACGUAUUUCGCAUUCCAGCUUGUAAUACAUUACCUGAACAUUAGUUGCCUGAACAUUAAUGAGAAUACGCUCUCAUUAAUGUUCAGGCAACCCACCCAAACAGCCGAAAGAAAUAUUUCAUCAUCAGCCCUUUUAUGUCCCCACUGCAGGGGCUCAGGCCUUCCUUACAGAUGGUUAAGGAGGAUGGGCCAUGACCCUCCACGCUGGCCCAAUGCGGAUUGGAGGGUAUAUUUAAACUUUCGAUAAAGAUGAAAAUUUGUUAUAGUUAUAUAUUUGAUCAAUCUAUCAAAAAUGUCUAAAAAAUCCACAAGGUUGGUUAUGAAUAUUUUUUCAGUAUAGAAUUAUGAAUGCGAAAUUAAUCAAAUAUAGGAAAGACGACAGGGUAAAAAAAAAAGAAUUUCUAUUUAGUCCGUCAGUCAGAUAAUAGAAUAAUAUUAGAUACGUAUUUUGUUUUUCUUCAAUUAAAACAAGAAAUAGCUUAGUUAUUAGGUAUUAAAGUAAAGGAGUGCGGGCUCGCUACGUCACAGUUUUGUAGAAAAUGUACCAUAGCGUGACGUCAUGCGACAUUUUAACUCAACGCGAAAAAUAAAAAAAAUACUUAUUUAAUAUUCUUCAAUAAUCCACCUGACGGACAGAAAAACGAAAAUUAGUCGUCAUCCCUAUUAUCAAAUCUUUUCAGAAAUAAUGUCCUCAUCAGUGUAAUGUGAAGAGCUCGAUAGUACAGGCUUUAGGACGCUCGGUUUGCGAUACUAUUGUUUAGAAACUUUCGCAAGGGCCGAUCAAUGGAUG